AUGGGCUCCCAACCUUCGAAACCUGCGGAAACAAAAGUUUUCACCCCCAGAACUCAGGUUGACUUUACCAAUACACUCCUUGCACAAUUGGAACAGUCGACCGAGGGUGAUUAUACGAGACAACAGCUGGCAAGCAAGUACCUAGAACAAAGAGUAUCCGAAAGACUGACACAACUUGAGGAAGAGACGCUUAAAAAAUUCGAGGACAAACUUAACACUUCAUUGCUUUCCGACAAUAGCCAGUCUAACCAGGAAGUAUCGUCAAAAGCUCUUAGCGACAAAAUCUCGCAUCUGAAUGAGCGUUUAACUAAGCUCAAAGAGAAUCAAGCCAGCAAGUUGGCGAACAAGGAACUCAAGCAGUGCAAAGAGGUUCUUGCUAAGUGUUUACGAGAAAACGACGGUCAACCGCUCAACUGCUUCGAAGAGGUACAGAACUUCAAAAAAAUGGCUUUAAGUCAGUAG